AGCGGGACGGGCGGGAUGGGGCGGCACGGCACGGAGCGGCACGGGAUGGAACGGCGUGGGGGGGUGCGAGGGUGCCCGUGGUGACCGCAGCCCGCUCUAUGCACGCCGGCAACGCGCAACGAGUGUGCACGGUGCGGGUGCACGGGCCGUGAUGUGCCCCCGGUGCACGCACACCCUCCGGUGCACAGCCCCACCGUCUGUGGACACCCGUUGGUUGUGCACGCACCUGCUCGCAGCAUGGGUUGCGCACACACACCCCCCAAUGCCCGCAGUGGAGUGGACGCACACUCGCUUUGGCACACACACGCACACAGAGUGCUUACACCACCAGCACAGGGCACAGCGCUGGGGACCCCACAGCUGGCAAAGGGAGCUGCUUUGGUGAUCCUGUGAGGGGAGGGUCACCAUCCCAAUGUGGGCACAAGGAUGGAGCUGGAGGCCCUGGGAUGCUGGGUGCCUGCAGGCAGCACGCAAUUGGCAGCGAGUACCCCCAGCACUGAGCCAUGAGCCUUCACUGUGCCCUUCCACUCAUGUUGGGGGUGUUAAGCCCAGCCCAAGGCCAAGAAUACUGCAAAAACCCCAUGUGGCCCACCCUGAGUACUGUGGGGGAACAGGGACUCCUGAGACAGGCACAGGGGAGAGCAGCCCCGCCAUCAGUCAUAGAAUCAUAGAAUGGCUUGGGUUGAAAAGGACCUCAAAGGUCAUCGAGCUUCAACCCCCUGCUGAGUGCAGGGUUGCCAACCACUAGACCAGGCUGCCCGGAGCCACAAAGUCAGACCCUGCGGCAGCUCCGCUCCCUCAUCACCUCAUGCAGGGGCUCCGAGAGCCUAGCACAGCUCUGCAGGGCCGCACACCUCCAUGUAACAUGGCCUGGAGCCCAGUGCGUGUUUGCAAGAUCCCAUUGGAUGCCACCAGCUUUCUCUAGGCACGGGGCUGUGCCAGCCAUCGGUAAAUCCUGCACCGCACAGCGUUCCAGGGAGCGAUGGCCCUGUGCUGGGCUAGGGGAAGGCGUCUGUUCUGCAGCACCACGGGGCUUUGCUAAAUAGGUCACUGCUUUUUUUAUAGUCUCCAGGAUCUAGAAAAACCAGUUGUUCCAGACCGCCGGCAGACCUGGCAACAUGGUGGUGGCGGAUCCCCAGGUGCUCUCACUGCCAUUCUCCCCACUGUCCUCAGCUGAGGGUCAUGGUGCGUGCAGAAGGAGCGGUGGAUCCCCGAGCAGCACUGCUGGGCGUGGCCGUGGAACGGGCAAGGGUGUUUGGGGCUGGCUGCCCGCUGCAGGCUUUGCCCAGGGGCUGUUUGUAGUGUGGGUGCGCGGUGCCGUACAGCCCUGCACACUGCUGUACGCCCGCAUGCGCAGGCUGCAGGCCGCUGCUUGGGAAUGUAGCCCGGACCAUGGGGAUGAGCUGCUGAAAUCUCCGGGGAUCAGCAGGACAAUGCCAGCGGGAGCAUUGUGCUGACGGCUCUGCAAACGCUGGCACCGGCUCCGGGCCAGCAGCGCCCUAUAAAAGCCGAGCCGCUGAAGUAGGCAGACAUGACAUGGGCGAAGCAGCUGUACCGCCUGAGCUAGACACCUUUCCAGCAGCAAAGAUGGCUCAGACAAACCCUCUGCCUGUCCCCAUGGGCCCAUGGAAGAUCACUGUGUACGACCAAGAAAAUUUCCAGGGCAAGAGGAUGGAGUUCACCUCGGCCUGUCCAAACAUCAUGGAGUGCGGCUUUGACAACAUCCGCUCCCUAAAGGUGGAAUGUGGCGCCUGGGUCGGUUACGAGCACACCGGCUUCUGCGGGCAGCAGUUCAUCCUGGAGAGGGGCGAGUACCCACGCUGGGACGCCUGGAGUGGCAGCAAUGCCUACCACAUCGAGCGCCUGAUGUCCUUCCGCCCCGUCUGCUCUGCUAACCACAAGGAAUCCAAGAUCACUGUCUAUGAAAAAGACAACUUCAUCGGCCGCCAGUGGGAGCUCAGUGACGACUAUCCCUCGCUGCAGGCCAUGGGCUGGGCCAACAACGAAGUGGGCUCCAUGAAGAUCCCCUGCGGCGCCUGGGUUUGCUACCAGUACCCCGGGUACCGCGGCUACCAGUACAUCCUGGAGGCUGACCACCACGGGGGAGACUACAAGCACUGGAGAGAGUGGGGCUCGCACGCCCAGACCUCCCAGAUCCAGUCCAUCAGGCGCGUCCAGCAGUAGCUGCCCGGCGCCCGGCCCCACUUCUGAGCACAUCUUUGCAAGGUUUCUAAAGCUCACCGGCUCCCUUUUGGUGCUAAUAAUCCCCUCCUGAAAUAACAACCCCUUCUUGUACUGCAACUGCUUGAUGGAACAACACUCCUAAACGGUACCAGCUGCCACAACUGCCAAUAAAUAAAUGUGACUGAAAGAAAAAGAUAAAACGGCCUGAUGGGUGUUUGCUGUUGCGUGCUGAGGUCACACGUCCCCAUCCCGCCCCAUGCCCCACACUCACACCCCAUGGCCAUGGGCACCGCGUGUGCCUUGUGCCCCAGGGCCAGCAGCCAGCCCCAGGGCUGGGGGAUGCUCCCAAAGAGCACAGAAAAAAAAAAAAAAAAAGAGACAUUCUGACAUCCAUAAACUUUAAUUUUUUUAUUCAACGAUUUACAUCACUUAUUGUCCGUCUUAACGUAUUCGAUCUACACAAAUUUCUUUUUUUUUUUUGUUUUUCCUGAUAAAAUAAUAAAAUUUGGAUAAAUUUUGAAGACCUGUUGGUG